AUGGCGGUUUCUUCUGGAACUUUCUCCUCCACCUUCCUCUGCAUCAAAACGGCGUCGCUCCGCAUCGAAUCGGCUCCUUCGUCUUCUCUCAGGCUAGCCUCUCAGCCGGAUAAACUACGAUUGGUACGAGCGUUAACUUCUGCGACGGAAUCUUCGGAGCCAACCAGUAAGAGAGUGCCGCGCGGUAUCAUGAAGCCACGACCAGUGUCACCGGAGAUGCAGGACGUCGUCGGAGUUUCGGAAAUCCCCCGAACUCAAGCUCUCAAGCGUAUCUGGGCUUACAUCAAAGAAAAUGACCUUCAAGACCCUCUGAACAAGAAGGACAUACUGUGUGAUGAGAAGCUGAAGAAGAUCUUCCAAGGCAAAGAACGGGUCGGGUUCCUCGAGGUUGCGAAGCUCAUCGGUCCUCACUUCCUCUGA